ACAAAAAAGUAAUGGAGAUUGUUGUCCAGAAGGAGAGCAUGGACUUCAUCUUCAAGUCAAGCCGGGUCGCUGAGCCGUGACGGGCGAACAUAACCCGGUGGUCCCCAGCAGGAAGGAGCGCUGCCCGGCCGCAGGCGAGGUCACAGCGACGGCGGGCACGAAGUCCUCGGGAGGAAGGAACCGGGUACACACAGUAUACAGGGCCCGGCAUUUGGACCGGAAGUGUUUAAUUGCGUGGUGUUCGGAGGAAGUGCUUUGAUCUUCAGCAGCAGGAGAAGAAGAAGAAGAAGAAGAAGAAGAAGAAGAAGAAGAAGAAGAAGAAGAAGAAGAAGAAGAAGAAGAAGAAGAAGAAGAAGAAGAAGAAGAAGAAGAAGAAGAAGAAGAAGAAGAAGAAGAAGAAGAAGAAGAGGAGGAGGAAGAAGAAGAGACUCUUCCUGCAAGAGAGAGAGAGAGGAGGAAGAGAGAGAGAGAGAGCGAGAGCGAGAGAGAGGAGUUACAGCGGGAGUUUCCGAUCUGCGCAGCCGGACAGAGACGCCCCUCCUCGGCCUCAGAUCUCACGGCGAUGGCGAGGCCGAGCCACAGCGAUCACGUCCUCCAGCAGCUCAACAACCAGCGUGAGUGGGGCUUCCUGUGCGACUGCCUCAUCGCCAUCGGGGACAUCUACUUCAGGGCGCACAAGGCCGUCCUGGCUGCCUGCAGCUCCUACUUCAGGAUGAUGUUCAUCCGGGACCAGCAGGGGGCGGGGCGCCUGGACCUCAGCAACAUGCAGAUCAGCGCCGAGUGCUUUGACCUCAUCCUGCAGCUCAUGUACCUCGGCCGCAUCGUGGUGGGCAGCUUCGAGUUCGAGGAGCUGAAGGCCUCCAUGGCGUACCUGCAGAUGUACUACAUCCCUGACUCGCUUGAGGACCUCCGAGACAUCAGGAGCUCCAACCCAACCCCGUCUUCCUCCGCCUCCUCGUCCAGUUCCUCUUCUGGCGCCACCGCCGGGAAAAUGAUGUUCGGAGUGCGCAUGUACGAGCAGCCACCAGCUGCACAGGAAGUGGAGACCUUACCCAAAGCUGCCAGCAGGCCGGCGGAGGAGGUGGCUAACGCUCCUCUGAAGGUGGCUAACGCUCCUCUGAAGGUGGCUAACGCUCCUCUGAAGAUGGCUAACGCUCCUCUGAAGAUGGCUAACGCUCCUCUGAAGAUGGCUAACGCUCCUCUGAAGAUGGCGCCGCCGCUGGGGGACGGAGCAGCCGAUCAGCCAUGUGACUUGAGGAAGAGGCCCGGCGGCAGGAGUUCGGCUCUCAAAGACCGCCCUCGGUUCGGCCGCACUUACACCUGCGACGACUGUGGCUUUGUCUUCAGCUGCGAGAAACUUCUGAUCGAGCACAUCCUGACCUGCACCAACCGGAAGGCCUUCAGUCAGCCGAGAGGCAACGUGGAGGGGGAGGCAGAGAGCUCCGCCUCCGAGAGCACGGAGGAACACAGGCUCAUCUGUAAAGGCGAGGACGACUGGUCCGAAUCCGCCCUCAGGUCUGUGGCAGCCGGCACCGACGGAGAGCCCAGCUCCACCAGGACGCUCUCUAUCAAGACAGAACCAGAGGAUGGCGCGUUUCCUGAGAUACAGAUGGUCCGGGUCGGUGAGCACGCCACCAGAAGCCGUAGAUCACGGCUCAAUGACGCGGCACGAAACAACCUGCGGGGUCAGAAAGCAGACUGCGACCCAGAGCCCGGCGUCUCAGGCGAGCCUUAUGAAGGCCACAUGUCGGGCAGCGAAGAGUCGGGAGUCUCUCCAAAGCUCCGCAAGCUGAAAGACGAGAAGCAGGACGGGGACGGGGCGCCCUGUGAGCUCUGCGGCACUCUGUUAACGGACGAAGACAAGUCCGCCCACUACCUGUCCAACCACAUGAGUCAUAUCUGCGCCUGCGGGAGGUGUGGCCAGGUGCUGAUCAAAGGCCGGCAGCUGCAGGAGCACGCCGAGCGCUGCGGCGAGUCCCAGGGCGGCGAGUCGGAGGACGAGGCUUCGCUGCCGGAGGAGCCGCAGGGGAUGGAGGUGGAGGCGGCCGACCUGGCCUGCCCUCACUGUGGGAAGCUGUUCCAGAGCGAGGGCCUGGCGCUGGACCACGCCCUGUCCUGCCACGAGCAGGAACCGUUCCGCCCCGUGCUGCUGGAGGAGGGCGAACCGGAUCACCGCCGCAAACACUUCUGCAGCAUCUGCGGCAAGGGCUUCUACCAGCGCUGCCACCUGCGGGAGCAUUACACCGUCCACACCAAAGAGAAGCAGUUCACCUGCCAGACCUGCGGGAAGCAGUUCCUGCGGGAGCGCCAGCUGCGCCUGCACACCGACAUGCACAAAGGCAUGGCGCGCUACGUGUGCCCCGUCUGCGACCAGGGCACCUUCCUCAAACACGACCACGUCCGACACAUGAUCUCCCACCUGUCCGCCGGGGAGACCAUCUGCCAGGUGUGCUUCCAGAUCUUCCCCGGCGGAGAGCAGCUGGAGAAGCACAUGGACGUCCACCUGUACAUCUGCGGCGUCUGCGGGGAGAAGUUCCGCCUCCGGAAGGACAUGCGCAGCCACUACAACUCCAAGCACACCAAGAGACUAUAGCUGCGAUACUCUAGAAGCCAGAUGUGGGAGAACAAAUGAACUCGAACACCAAAAAGAAACUGGAUCUGCACUUUGAGAGAACCUGAGCAGCUGCAAAGACACUGAUCCUCCGGUCAGGACUUCCUCGGGUCCCUGGUCCUGAGGAGAGACACUUUAGAAACUGCUGCAGGUCUCUCCACAGCUCACCCGCCUUACUGGACCUUUACUCCCGGUAUUAAUACUGGAGCUGAGGUUCUGUCCAAAAACCCAAAGAGAUGAAGCCCCCUCCCCGCAGGAGUCUCAGCCCUCCAUGAAACCAGCUCAUCGCGUCACAUCUGAAGUGUUGGACUAUAAAUAUAUAUGAACCAGUUGUUGGGGGGGGGGGGGGGGGGUUCACCUGAUGCUCCGUCAGCAUCCUGAUCACCAGAUGAGUCUGGUCGUAGAACCUGGACAUGUAGAGACCCCAACGUGUUCUGAUAGAGGUGCAGAGUAGGGUCUCCAGCACAUAGAGGCUGCUGGAUGCUGACCUGCAGAUGCUGGGACAUUAGCACAGUUAGCAUAUUAGAAAUGUCCUAUAUGAUGUCCUCAACAUGUCUCACUGCUGUGGGUGGACUGAGGUCUGCUCCGGGUCCUGCAUACGCUCCAGGUCUGACAGGUGUGUCUUCGUCAGGUGUUAUAUGCACACACAUCUGGCUGUGUGUGGGACGGGGUGAUGGUCUCCGUGUGAGUCAGGGAACACACUGACGAUUCGCACCGCGCCACUUGGUCCGUCAUAAACUUAUAAACUCUAUCUUUAAAAAGUGUGUUGGUUUAUGAUCACGUGUGAUCAUGUGUGUGUGAUCACGUGUAUGUGAUCACACGUGUGAUCGUGUGUGAUCACGUGUGU